AAGGGGCUUUCACGGAGGGCUGAGGAGACUGAGGCGGUGUCCGGGGAAGGGCUCGUCGGCCUGAGGGAGCACCGCCUCUCGGGGUUUUCUCCGAGGCUUCCUUCCGGAAGGCUUCACACGCCGGGCUCUCGGCUCACGGCCGUUUUGCCUCCUCUCCCACCAGCCGAGCCGCGGGGCCCGCGGGCCGGAGCAGUCAGCCCGUCGCCCGCCCGGGGUCCGCCCCGCGGCCGCCGCAGGCCCUCCGAGAGGCGGCUUCUCGGGCCUGGAAAGGGCGGCGGGGCCCGGCGGGGUCCUCGCGCCCGCCGCACGUGCGGCCCCGCACGCCGAGCUGGGCCGGCCAUGGCUGCCACCAGCGGCUCUCCCGGCCGAGGCUCUGAAGCCCGGGCAGCUGCUGCCAGAACCCUCUUCGGAGCCCCGGGGCGGCGAGCGAAAGCUGCCAAGAGGAAACAGCCGGCAUCCGGGGCGGCUCCCCCAGCCAAACAGAGGAACACAACUGUUGGAGAAGCCGAACGGACUUCCAAGGGGCGUGCCCAAAAGGUGCUUUCUCCCAGGACGUACUCAGUUCCUCCAGGUGAUGGAAAGCGAGAGGAGAAGCCGUGCAUCAAGACGUCGUCGCUGUUUAAAAACAACCCUGAGAUCCCAGAACUCCCCAGAUCUGUGGUAAAGCAGGUGCGCGAGACAGUGUUCACUCCUGACACUUUCCAUGAGCUGGGCCUCCACCCGCAUCUGAUUUCCACGAUAAAUACAGUUUUAAAAAUGUCUAGUCUGACCAGCGUUCAGAAGCGCAGCAUCCCUGCACUGCUGGAAGGCAGAGAUGCUCUCGUGAGAUCCCAGACAGGCUCCGGUAAAACUCUUGCCUAUUGUAUCCCAGUGGUUCAGUCUCUUCAAGCAAUGCCAUCAAAAAUACAGCGCAAUGACGGUCCCUACGCCCUGGUAAUAGUGCCAACGAGAGAGCUGGCCCUGCAAAGCUUUGACACUGUCCAGAAGCUGCUCAAGCCUUUUACCUGGAUUGUGCCUGGAGUGUUAAUGGGAGGAGAAAAAAGAAAAGCCGAAAAAGCCAGAAUCCGCAAAGGAAUAAAUAUCCUUAUCUCGACCCCUGGUCGUCUGGUGGAUCAUAUAAAAUCCACCAAGAACAUCCAUUUCAGCCGGCUACGGUGGCUGGUUCUGGAUGAAGCAGACAGGAUCUUGGAUUUGGGUUUUGAAAAGGACAUCACAGUGAUACUCAAUGCCGUGAAUGCCGAGUGCCAGAAGCGACAGAAUGUCUUGCUGUCGGCCACACUCACAGAAGGUGUGACACGGCUCGCCGAUAUCAGCUUGCAAGAUCCGGUCAGUAUUUCUGUCUUGGACGAGAGCCAUGAGCGGAGUCAGCCAGAAAACAGAGCAGUCCAGGAAGUAGCUCCCCUGUGGUGGGGUCCCGGGCUGGAUGGCUUUGCGAUCCCAGAGAGCCUGGAUCAACAUGUGACACUGGUCCCCAGCAAACUGAGACUCGUCUGCCUGGCGGCCUUCCUGCUACAGAGGGGCAAGUUCGAGCGAGACCACAAGAUAAUCGUCUUUUUCUCGAGUUGCGAGCUGGUGGAGUUCCACUACCACCUCUUCCUGCAGACGCUGGCCAGCAGCUCGGGGCCUCUGGCCUCAGAGCUGUCCCCAUCUGCCCACGCUCGACUCAGGUUCCUGCGGCUGCACGGCAACAUGGAGCAGGAGGAACGAACAGCAGUGUUCCAGGAGUUCUCGCGGUCCGGAACGGGCAUCCUCCUGUGCACGGAUGUUGCAGCUCGCGGCUUGGAUCUCCCACAGGUCACGUGGAUUGUUCAGUACAACGCGCCGUCUUCACCUGCAGAAUACAUCCACCGCAUCGGAAGAACCGCCCGGAUUGGCUGCCACGGGAGCAGCCUGCUCAUUUUGGCUCCUUCGGAGGCAGAAUAUGUCAACUCCUUGGCUUCUCACAAAAUCAAUGUUCAUGAGGUUAAGCUGGAAGACAUUUUGUCUGUUCUGGGCAGGGACGAUUGCUUCAGAGGAAGGCGAUGGGGCAGUCAGGAGUCCCAUGCCGUUGGCCCCCAGGAAGUCCGCGCGCGCGCCACAGUCCUGCAGACGGUGUUCGAAGAUUACGUGCACUCCUCCGAGGAGAGGGUCUCCUGGGCAAAGAAAGCUCUGCAAUCCUUCAUCCGCGCCUACGCCACCUACCCCCGGGAGCUGAAGCACAUCUUCCACGUCCGAUCCCUCCACCUCGGACACGUGGCCAAGAGCUUCGGGCUAAGAGAUGCUCCAAAAAACCUUAGCAUCCCAGCUGGAAAGAAGAAAGCAAUGCUGAAAAGGCCCACCCUCGGGAAGCCGACCCAGAGCAGACGUCGCCGGCUGGCUGAGCUGCUGCGCUCCGAGUACUCCAGUGGGAUGGAGGCUGGUGCCAAGGGCACAACGACCCAGAACAAACAGGGCGGCCCGCAGCCGCCCCGCAGCCUCCGCCGUGGGAACCGGCGGAAGCGCUCUCCGUGAAGGGCCUGCUGAGGGCAGCCCCCAAGUGUCCCAGGUUCUGUUCGGGCCU